AUGAGUAGUUUAUUAAUAUUCCAUUGUGCUGGUACCUUAGUCUGGGGUGGUAAUAGUAAUGAAUUCACACCUUGUCAUUCUUCUACGGGAUCGAACUUGUUAAAUAAUAUCUCUCUAAAUAUAAUUGGUGAUCAUCAUGGCAUGAUUCGAACGUGGCUUUCAUUCACCCUCUAUUGCGUCCUGUUCGUCAUAGUGACGUCAUCUAGACAGAAGCGAAUCAGUGAUUGGUUAAAAUCUUCACUUCCGGUAGUGGACGAUGGCGCUUGGUACAAAGAGAGUAAUUUCAAUCAUCAACUUGUGAGUCAAAUAUUGAGAGAUAUUUUGGCCGAACGAAACUUAGAAAGCGAUGCCAUUGAUGAAGUUAUCGGACAAUUCCGACAUAAAUUAGACGAUUCCAGAGUUCCUCAGAAGAAAUCCAGUUGGAAAUAUUCUAGUAUUCCCAUUCAGACGAGAUUUGCUGCCUUCGGACAAAAGUUGGUUCCAGGACGAACCGGUUCCGGUGGGGAUCACGGACCAACUAUGUUACGUUAUGGUAGAAGCGCUCGUCAUUAA